AUGACGUCCAAGGUUAUCAUCAUUACAGGUGCGAGCCGAGGUAUUGGCCUCGCCGUGGCCAAGUGGCUGCUCAACGCCUCGCACCGCGUGGUGGUGACAGCAAGGACUCGCGAUGCCCUCGAGUCCCUCAAGGCCACUUACCCCGGCCGCGUUGAAUAUGUUGUUGGCGACAUCACUGAUCCUGAGAUUGCCAAACAGCUCACCAAUGUGGCAGUCGAGUCCUUUGGGCAGCUCGACGGUCUAGUGGUGAACCACGGUGCCCUUGCCCCUAUCGCCCGAGUGGGCAACGCGGAUGUAGAUGAGUGGAAAAGGCUUUACGACAUCAACUUUUCACUCAAAGAGGCACUACCUGAGCUUCGCAAGUCCAAGGGCUGCGUAGCUUGGGUGUCCUCCGGCGCGGCGAUGUCAUGCUACACCGCAUGGGGCGCCUACGGUAGCUCCAAGGCCGCACUCCAUUCACUGACGGGUCACGUUGCGGUCGAGGAGCCAGACGUCACCAGUGUUAGCUUCAGCCCAGGACGCGUCGACACCGACAUGCAGCGUCUCAUUCGCGAGGCAGGCAAUGAAAUGAAGCCUAGCGAUCUCCAGGACUUCAAGGAGGUGUUCGAAAGGGGUGACCUUCUGAAGCCCGAGGUCCCGGGACACACGAUAGCACGUUUUGUAGUCAACCCUCAGCGUGACUUGACAGGAAAAUUCCUCAAGUGGGUUCACACUCCCAUCCCAAGCCAACUAGACAAUGUUCACGUGUACUAA